AUUGGCUUGCUAUGCAUGCUAGUCCAUAUCAUCCAUCACACUAGCCACUAGAAGCACUGAGGAAGAGGGUGUCAAGCAUGGCGUCCAAGGGUCUUCUUGUGUUUGCUCUCCUGCUUGCUGCUGCUAUCCUCGUCGCCUCAACUGAACAAAGUAAGGCCAAGAAGGAAGAGAAGAAAGCAGGCGUAGAGGGCUAUGGCGGCGGCGGCGGCUACCCUGGAGGAGGCGGGGGAGGCUACCCAGGCCACGGUGGAGGAGGAGGCGGCGGCUACCCGGGCCACGGUGGAGGCGGCGGCGGCGGCUACCCAGGACACGGUGGAGGAGGCGGGGGCGGCUACCCGGGCCACGGUGGAGGAGGAGGAGGAGGCUACCCGGGCCACGGUGGAGGAGGAGGCGGCGGCUACCCGGGCCACGGUGGAGGAGGCGGCGGCUACCCAGGUCACGGUGGAGGAGGUGGCGGCGGCUACCCGGGACACGGUGGUAAAGGCGGUGGCGGCUACCCCGGACACGGCGGAGGCGGCGGUGGUGGCUACCCCGGACACGGCGGAGGCGGCAGUGGAUGUCACUGGGGCUGCUGCGGUCACGGGUACAAUGGCUGCCGCUGCUGUGCGCGCGCGGACGAGGUCCCUGAGCCCAUGUACCGCGCGGAGGUCCGCAACUGAGCGCUCGAGAUGCAGCCAUACGUGCGUGCGUACAAGGUAGUACAACUCUACGUGACAUUGCUCUGCACAGAUACACUUAUAGUAAGUUGCAGAGUUGCUGGUAAAUAUGGUCUCUGGUAAAUAAAGUGCGUACGAGAGCCCGGUUUGCACUUAAUUUGCACGGCGAUGAUCUUGGAGAAAUAACCCCUCUGUGUUAUUAUAUGUAUUAAUACCCCACUUUAUAUGUGUUCUCCAAGUAUGUAUUGUGGAAUAAAAUAACAGAGGAAUAUAUCCAAAGUUCUACAA